AUGAGCAGCGAGCGCGCUCACCGGCGUAAGCAGUUCUCAAGUUGCGACGCUUGUCGCAAGUCUCGCGUCGCUUGCGAUGCGCUGCGACGACGCUCCAUGCAUGGAGUAUCAAGCGUCGCCACCUGUACCCGCUGUGCGGCUCGGAACCGACAGUGCAGCUUUGAGUGGAUGAAGAAGGUGGUCUCCAGGGCUGAUGGGUCUAGUCCUUCAUCGGAUCGCUGGAACUCUCUCCUCUCUCCUCCUCCGUCUUACGGUCGAAGUCAAGGAAAUUCAUUCCAUCUGUCUCCACAGUUCCAUGAUUUGGGCGCUGAAACACCUCACAAUGGUGUGGAUAGCAGUCCUGCGCGUGGAGAUCAUGGAACCCCAACGCAAUCGGUUCGGUCCUCGAUGGUCAGCUUGGACGUGACGGACUGGUUGCGAUCGAUGUAUGAAGAUGUCUUCGAACAGGUCUUUGGCUCUUGGCUGGGAAGCUAUAGUUGCCCGUUCUCGUUUGGUGAGAAUGGCCAUCUCGAAGGCGGGACGAGCGACAAUCCGAGGUUCUCUGUCUCGGUCAGCAUUUCGUCUCUCUGUAGGCAAUUUGAUCAGUUGAUGAAGGAUCUGGAAAAGCAGAGCGCCUCGGGAUCACGAGCGCAGCCCCCAACACAAGCAGAAUUGGUGAAAGAAUGGCAAAUCGAAACAACGCUCAACCAGGCAAUCCAGACAUUUUCCGCUCGGUGGCUUCCUUUGACCUUCCUGUCAGAGACUGAGAAGCAAGCACAGACACCCUUGAUUCAGAGCCUUUGGCGGGAGUUACGGCAGAAUGUUCCCAAGUCUAUGAAUCGACCAUGUUAUCGAUCAAUGCUGAGUCUUUACUUGUUCGCUAUGGUCCCUGUACCGGUAGGUAUACCGGAAGAGGAAGAGGAGAACGGUGUUCCGGCACAAGUCUGCGUGCAUGCCGCUUUGCAGCAAGUACAAUUCUUGCGAGCACGUCAGCGGAGUCUCGAAUUCAAUGGUUCGAAGGUCUCCUUGCUCUCGGACCAAGCCACGCCCAUCUCUACGCCAGAGCAGAUUCGCUCAGAAUUUAUCCAUAUUGAGAGCAUGAUCUAUUGGGCUGCCAUGACGUUUGAUACAUCCUCGGCCCUGACCUUCAACACCAAAUCAAUUCUAUCGUCGGGACUACUGGGCUGGGAAGCAGAAUCAUCCUGGCGAAUGGUUCAGACAUGCACAAACAUCUUUCACGAACAGUCUGAGACGUGGCGCAGUAGCGGGGUUCUGGUGACCGAAGAGACUGCCAACCAGAUUAUCGGUGCGGCUCACGCAUGGAAGUUGCGGGUAUGGAAGAUGGGGACGAUAUUGAAGGAAGCACUCCGAGAAGGUCACGGCGAGGACGCUGUUUAUCAUGCGUACACUUCGGCCGCAGAAGCCAUCAGGCAGUUCAACGUCACAUAUCGUCCCUUGUUAGCUGCAUGUGAAAGACGUCUUCAAUUCUUGUCACAGCAGACCAAACUGCGAUGGUAUGAACUUAUGGUGCAUCAUCACUUGAGUAUUCUCAUCAUGAUCGACGCCAUUGAAAUCGCGUCAAGAGAGGACAUUCUUGAGAAAAUGAGUGUCACCAAAUCGGACGCACAAGGCAGUCUUCUCAACUGCCUGCAAUUUGGCCUUAGUAAUUAUUUCACCAUCCCAACACGGCAGGGCUCGGAUAAUCAGCCUGGACCCUUUCCGUUGGUGGCUAUUGACCCUUAUCCCCACCAUCUACUUGCCGGUGUGCAACUUUUGUGGAAAGGAAUUGAGCGAGAUUUUGAUGAUGGCCAGAUGGAUCAGACAACCUGCGAAAACUUGCAGUCUAUCUUGCUUCAAACACUCGAGCUACUGCCGCAGACAUCCAAAUCGGUUCGCAAGGGUACCGAGCAGGCUCGUCUUGCGUUCCUUAGGCGAGAGGUACACUCUGCAGACCUGUCAAUUUGA